AUGAUUUCAGAGGUGGUUUUGAUAGUGAAACUUCUCAAGAGGAAUGUUGUCAGCUUGGACAGUCACAUCGGCCAGUAUGCAGUGAUAUGUGAGAGGCAGCGAGAAGAGAUCGUUCAAUUGAAGCAGAAGUUGAAAGAAUAUGAGGAGAGGAAGAUGGGCCCUCUUGUUCCUGGAGGCUCUAAUACCAUCUCCAGUCAGAACCAAACAGAGAUUCACAAGGUGUCAGAGUCCCUACAGAGCAUUUUCUCCAGCCGUACUCAGAUCAGGAGGGAGCACCUUGUUCUGGAGCGGCAGCUCAAGGAGAACGAGUUACGUCAGCGCCACAGCGAGGAGUGCAACCAGCAGGCCCAGCUCUUCGGUGCCAAAGACAAGACUGAGAAGGCCACCUGCAAGCACGAGCGCAAGCUGGCUUCCCUGCUCACACAGCAGCAGCACAUCCGCAAGAGGCUGGAGGAGGCUGAGUUGCGCUUCCUUGAGAACAAUGGCUGGCUGCACCGUGUGGAGAAUGACAUGAAGCUACUGGGACAGGACUCCCAGCCACCAGUGGUACUCCAGAAGGACCUUCGCUGCCACAGGCUCCAGCUACAGGUAGAGGACCUCAAGCAGCACAUUGAGCAAAUGACCCACCUCAUCGGCAUCCAGGACCAGGAGAACAAACAGACUAAAAAAAUGGUGCACAUGCUGCUGCCUGCCUACAGCAGACAGUACUGGACGCUGAGGGGAUCGGGCCUGGUCACAGCUACCGACGAGGCUGAGAACCAGGACCUGGAGCACCUGGUCCUCAGGGAGAGGGGUGUGGUGUGGGCCGAUCAGGAGAAGGCAGGGGAGCAGAAGGACGAGGAGACCCAGGCUGAGGGUUCCAGGCUUAGGCCAGAGCUCGCACACAUCCUGUCAUUUUCACACCUCAUCUGUCCCCAUCAAAACAGUCCCUGCAGUAGUGCUGAGAAACAUAAGAGGAGAGUCUCGCUGCGCCUUCAACCCAAUCCAUCAUCGAAAGGCCCAGUGGCCCAGGUGACAGUGAUGGAACCAAUUCCCAAGAAACCUACCAGGAGGAAGCUGGCAGUGUCUCCACCAAACCCUGGGAGUGUUGUCUCCGCCUCAGCGCAGGUUCCCAUGGUCCUUCAGGAUGUGUUGAGACAGGAGGGGAUGUUUCCACUGCUCUACACUCCAGAGGCCAGCAGUACACUCAACAGGCCUUCACUCCUGCCUCUCCAGCACUCUGCAGUCAAUGACCCCAACAUGACAUUUGACAUUGAAAAUGGAGACAAAGAAGCAGCUCUUGCCAACGCUACCGUCAUCCUUUACCAAUGUAGCCCCAAUCAUCAGGCUGAGACUUCAUGCCCCUUGAGUCCAAGCCAACAGCAGGCUCCCCGAGCCAAUGACAUGAGCAAACCCCCCAAAAGACUGGAGAUACCAUCUCUGUUAGACAUCCGACGUGGCAAGACCUACAUGGCCAUGACUUCGGCUGCGCAGGGCAAACGCAAAAUAAACUGCAGCAGCAGAGAGCAGGAAAUCCUUUCAGCACCCAAGCGCAUAAAGCAGGACCCCACAGUAGUAGCAAGCAGACCACUAAGAGUGCGUCGUUUUGCUGGGUCAGAGGAGAACGAGCCCAGAAGAGUUAUGAGGAGUGUUUCUGAGGGGAAUCUUCACCUCAUGGAUGUUCAGAGGAAAAAGUCCAUAUUCUAUAAAACCUCCCAGAAAUUCAAGAGUGUGACAAAGAGGAUGUGA